GGACUUGACUAAUUCAGGCUGCUUCCAUCCUAGUAUUCCAGAAGGCAUCUCCACGUCGAAACAGAGACUUAUCUUUGCUUUUUGAAACGUAUAAGAAGCAGGCAUCUGAAACUGCACUCUCAAGCGGUAUUCCAGAGAUGCUCCCCAAGCAAGUUGCCUGUUGAUGCAAGCUUCAAAAGGAAUACUUAAAUGGCCAACCCGAUUCAUCCAGCAAACCACGAAAGGGAAAUAAAGCUCUUGAAGAAUCUUAAGAACCAACUCUUCAGAACCUUGACCUACUGCUGUCAGCAUCUCUGAGAUAUCCUCCAUCGGAGAAUUACCAGGUCUGUCAACGUUUUCCCUGCAGCCUACAGUGAGGGACAAUAACAGAAAACGCACAUCCUCUAGACUUACAACUUUCAAGCUGCGACAACUGGGCAGGAACCUGACAAUCUCCAUCUUUAGGGAAGAUUCAGAAAGACAGACAAGUGAGGUGAAAACUCAAAUAUGCCAAGCCUGGCAUAUACAAAAGCCAUUAAAAAGUCUCCUCACAGAAUAACCCAAUUAAACUCGAAUAAUUAGUGUAGAUAUUUCGAUGAGCUGUAGGUAAGACGGAGUCCUUUCUCCCUUCACCGUAACAGAGUAAAAGUCUAAUAAAAUACCCCCAAGGAAUCCUUGUCUCUAUACCAGUAUUAUUAAAGCAAUUUCACUAUAUUUAUUGAAGCCAGUAUAAGAGUAGUACGUGAGGAACACAAAAUAUACUUACACAUUUUAUAAAAAUUGGUUAAGAGAUUCUGAUAAAAUCUAUUUUGAAAGGCAAGUGCUGUGCUAGACAAUAAAGAGGGUGUGAUAACUGCUGAUUUAGGCCAUCGCCACUUUCUUGGUUUUGCCUUGACGACUCAUCUAGGAUAGUGAUUGGUUGGUAGCAGGUUGUUAGAACACCUCCCAAUCUAUUUGGAGACGGCCUAAGUGACCGUGGAAUGCCUUGCGGGCAAUAGAAAUCCAGUAGAAACACGAACACUCUCAAGUCUUGCGUGAUGACGCAGGUGCAUGUUAAGUACCAUGGAAAUCUCACAGGGCGAGCCCAUUUUCCCACCUUGGCAACGGAGGUUGACACCACUUCAGAUAAGUAUUCCAACCUGUACAUGUACGUGGGCUUAUUCCUGAGCCUCCUGGCCAUUCUCCUCAUCCUGCUCUUCACAAUGCUUCUUCGGCUCAAGCAUGUCAUCUCACCCAUCACCUCGGAGAGCACAGAAAGCGUGCCUCAGUUCACUGAUGUAGAGAUGCAGAGUCGGAUCCCCACUCCUUGAAGCCAGAAUGAAGGUUAACUUUAAUGCAUCUCAAUGAACCCAUUGAUGCUCAUGUCCAGAUUUGUUGCAGGUAGCUUUCCUUGUACGGAAUCCACAAGCUAUUCAUUAAAGUUAGGGUGCUUUCUUUGCAUUACUCUUUAUCCUGACUCUGCUUGUGGGAUAUCUAAGAAAUGUAAUACUCCUUCUUUGCCAGGAAUAUGGGAAAUGGCAGCUGGUUGGGAGGGCAGGUUUCCAUAGUAACCAGAGUCUGGGCCUUGAACAAACCUUAGACCACUGAAAUUCAUAUGCAGCUGUUGUGGGGGGAAAAAACAAUCAAGUAAGAUCCCUGGAAGCUCCAAUAACAAACAAGAAGGAUUUGUCCUCGAAAGAGCUGGGGGUUCAAGGAAGGCACACCCAGAAAAGGAUGAAGCUAAAGCAAUGAGGUUAAUAGACGAAACCACUAAUCUAUGCCCCAAAGAACAACAGUUUGAUAUCCGUGGGCUGUUGGAUUCAUGUCCUGUGAAAAAAGAGAUCUACGAAAUGGUUUCAGUUGAAAGCGCAAGUGUGCAGAAAGUUUUUAGUGACCAAACACAACCACAGAGGAGGAAAAUGUGCACUUUUAAAAUCUGUGCUAUAAUUAUUACUGGACUUUUAAAAACUCAGAUAAUUGCAGAUGGAUUACAAAAAUCUGGAAAGAGGAGCUGCCCCCAAACCAAGGAAAAUUGACACCACAAUGCUUUAAUGCGAAUGAACCCUCCGUUACACGUGCAGCGUCUUUGUGGGUUUCUCUCUCCCUGCCACGCUCCAGGAUUGAGUUCGCCACGAACCUGAGCUUGAUUUCCAGGUGGCCUUGGCAAAGAAGACACAGCUGUACUUUACAAACAAAAAUGAAAUAAUCUUGGUAUUUUAAUGUUGAGUGAUUGUGGCUUUGGACAUAACCUUGAACCCAUCUGAGUCCCAGGAGAGGUUUUGUUGUUUUUGUUAUGUUUUAGGACUUGUGUUCCUAAAAAUGGUCAGAGACCUAUUUAGUCAUCCCUAGACUCAUUUUAGCUCUGAGUCUGAGAAAAACAGAGAACGAAAGGAGAUAGGGACUGGAAAGCCUGCUCCAGCAUCUUUUAAAUUAAGAUCAAUGUCCUCAAACACUACAUUUGUCUCUUCGCAGAAAAUACUGCUUCCAUCCUGGUCCCUGCCAAAAGAUAAAGUGUUUCACUGAUUAUCUAGAAGAGAAAUCUAUUUUGAAAAAUUCUAUGCUCCCACGUAGCCAUAGUAGUCUAGCAGGGAAGAAAAAAAAAUGAAGUAACUUUCCAAGAGAGAGAAAUACCUUUGACAAAGUAGACAUUAUAAAGUUGGUCAUAUUCUCACCACCAAAGAACUAAUACACCUGUGUUAAAUGCUACCUACUUUUUUUUUAAAUCAGUUCUCCCUUGGUCAUCAACUUUCACAGGGUGCUCCCUUGGGAACCGCAGUGGCAAUAAUGGAGAAGCAAACUGGCUGUUAUAUUAAUGCCACCUCCACCUGAUAUGUAGUUUUCUAUACACUGUAACCAAUUUAGAUUGGCCCCUUUAUUCUGAUCUAAAUCUAGCUUGCUUGUGAAAUUCCCAAGUGCUUUCUACUUUUAUACACAGUCAUUUGCCAAUGCUCCCCUCGCCAAGGGGCUUCAAAGUGUGAAAUCCCCACAUGAAGAGCUAAACUUAGCAUCAAGACUGACUUGGGCACACCUGUUACCACAGCGCCCUGUAAGAGACAGCAGCUACAUCCAGCCUCAUCCAGAACAGAGCAGUAGGUAGACUCAGCCUUGGGAUAUUAUUCAGAUCAUGGUGAUCUCAUUUGUUUGUAUAAAUAUAUAUUUAUUGCUCUCAAAUAAAUUUGAAAUUGUUGUGAGGGACAGGAUUGGCUCUUCCAUCUCAAAAGUUUGGUAACUCCCGGGCUAAGCCAUGCGGUUCCCUCUGGGCUUUAUACAUUAAAAAGUGCAAAGUAACCUUUAUAUUGUAAUAUUACACCUUGGUUCUGUAUGUUUUCUCUUUAUUCAACACACAGACCCUGUGGAUACAGAUCCUUUCCAAUUUUAGAUCCCUGCAGCCAUACAUGGGCUUCAUCACAUAUGCUCUCUAGAAGGUGUUAAGGACACCCAUCUCCCCUCACUCUAGACUUUCCCUGCUCACAGUAUUUAAAUGGACUUUAUAUUUAAGAGGUCAGUGACUGGAUAAAUAAAUAAAGGAACCGGUGACAGUAACAACAACAAUGAAUAGCAAAUGCCUUGUUGCCGAAUCUGACGUGGGCACUUGCUCACCCGACCUCCCUAGCCUAAAUUUCUUAUGACCCAAACUGCUCUUUAAUCACUGACUUGGAUUGCUAAUUUAUGAUCAGGUGACUCCCCUGGAAAACAACCACUUUCUUUCAUCACAGUUACCCCAUGGGAUCCAGGUCUUCACUGAGCAUCAACCAAAGCACAUAGCACGGACGACACUAAAAUAGCAGCAUGACCGGCCCGCCCCUCCCCUCACUUUCGCUUCCCUUCCCUAAUGCUUUCCAGUGAUAACACAGAUGAGGAUGUAUUUAACCUAUGUGUCACUAUGGCAACUCACAUAGUAUUUAAUCCUUGGGAAAAUAAAUGCAAGGUUUUCUUCCUAGAAAAGCAUUUUCAAUUUAUGCAAAAUGAUUUCACUUCUCCCAAUAUAUUAUACUAAGUGCGUUCAGCCUCAAAAUAGGUGGUUAGAACAACCAAUGGGCAUAAUUUUUGCGGACAUAUCUGUCCAAAAUGCUGACUUGGCAAUCCUUUCCUCUUCUCACCAAAGCAAAAUAAAUAUGAAUAGUGGCAGGUUAGCCUAAAUGUAUAUAAACGGAUAAAUCACUCACAUACAGGUAUAUUCUGUUUUUAAGACAUAAUGAUAUAUUUAUCUAUGUAUAUAGAUAUAUAUGAAAAGAAUGGUUUUUCACUUUUUAUUAUGUUGAAAUUACCAUUUUUGUAGGUUACACAUGGCCAAAUAUCUGUGAUUUCUUAUAAUUCAACCCAAUGAAGAUUUACAUCAUGUGAAUUCCUGAAAUAGUAAACUUUCCUAAUAUUUAAAAUGAUCAUUCAGCUUCUAUAAAAUGGAUUUUGCAUGCACUUUAGAAACAAGGGUUGUGUAAAACUUAUGAAAUUAUAUAUUAUGAUUUAGGCAUGAAAUAUUAAAGUGAAUCAAGUAAAGAUGGAUUUAUCCAACCUAACCUUUCCAUCCAUGCCAAAUAUGAGGUUUGGGCCUCAUAACUGGGUUUGACCACUGCAGAUCCCAUCAUACUUACUUAGUAGGUAAGGGGUUCAGUUAAUGCAAUUCCAUGGUAACAUUUAGUCAUGUAUCUUAUUCACCUACAUUUGUAUGGAAGAAGAACUUUUUUAACAAAAUGUAAAGUCAAUUGUAAGAAAACCUGGAUUUCUUUUGUUUGAAAUCAUUGAUAUUUGAAAUAUAUUAAUAUUGUAUAAAGUCAGAAAUAUAAUAUUUCAAUUAAUAUUUAGCAUGUUAUUUUUGGAUUCCUGGAAAUUAAGUAUUGUUCUAUUUGCUGAUAACAAAUAUCUGUUGUCUGAGAAAUGUAAUUCUGAAGAAUGUCUUGAUCACAAUAUAAAUUGUCAUUUAACUGCAAA